CCGGCCAUGUCGCGCAUCACGUGGCGCAUCUCCUCUCUGCCGCGCUCCGUCAGGCGGUGUUCGCUCGCCCACGUCCUGCUUCUGUGUCUGCUCGGGUCAACAGUGUGCGCAAUACUGACUCGCGAAGGCCUAGGCAGAAUGUUAAGAACUUUGCAACAGCAGGAUUCCGAUUUUGGGUUGGCAGGAGCGAAGUACGAGCCCACCUGGGACUCUCUGGACUCGCGCCCGCUGCCCGCCUGGUACGACGCGGCCAAGGUGGGCAUCUUCAUCCACUGGGGCGUCUUCUCCGUGCCCUCCUUCGGCUCCGAGUGGUUCUGGAAAUACUGGCAUGAUGGCAAAGGGAAGUACGUAGAGUUCAUGGAGAGGAACUACCGGCCGGGGUUCACGUACGCGGACUUCGCCCCGGAGUUCACGGCCGAGUUCUUCGAGCCCGAGGAGUGGGCGAGCGUGUUCAACGCCUCGGGCGCUCGCUACGUCGUCCUCACCAGCAAGCACCACGAGGGCUUCACCCUGUGGCCCUCGCGCUACUCCUGGAACUGGAACAGCCUCGACGUCGGGCCCAAGAGGGACCUCGUAGGUGACCUCGCCCAAGCCAUCAGGACCAAGACGCCGCACAUCCACUUCGGCCUGUACCACUCCAAGUACGAGUGGUUCAACGCCAUGUACCUCGAGGACAAGGCGAGGGGCUUCGAGACGCAGGACUUCGUCAAGGCGAAGACCCUCCCCGAACUCUACGAGCUGGUGAACACCUACGAGCCUGAAAUCGUGUGGUCUGACGGCGACUGGGAAGCCCCCGACUCGUACUGGGACUCGACUCACUUCCUGGCCUGGCUCUUCAACGAGUCUCCGGUGAAGGACAACGUGGUGGUGAACGACAGGUGGGGCAAAGGUGUCGUGUGCAACCAUGGUUCCUACUAUACCUGCAGCGACCGAUAUAAUCCAGGCACGCUUCAGCACCACAAGUGGGAGAACUGCCUGACGCUGGACAAGGUUUCCUGGGGUUUCCGCCGAGAAGCCCCCCUUCGAGACUACCUCACCAUCCAGGAACUCCUCGCCACCUUGGCAGAAACCAUCAGCUGUGGAGGCAACUUGCUCGUCAACAUCGGCCCCACACACGACGGCCACCUUCCCGCCAUCAUGGAGGAGCGACUUCGGCAACUCGGCUCGUGGCUCGACGUCAAUGGCCAGGCUGUGUACGAGUCUACUCCGUGGACGCACCAAAGCGACGCCGUGACGCCGGGAGUGUGGUACACAGCAAAAGGCGACGAUGUCUACGCCUUUGUGCUGCGGUGGCCUGAGGACGGGGCGGUCACACUGGGCUCCGUCCUGCCGACCUCGCGCACCAAGGCCUACAUGCUGGGACACGUCGAGAAGGUGAAGCCACUGCAGUUCACUAAAACAGAAAAAGGUCAGCUGACGGUGAUGCUGCCACUGAUGCACCAGGUCAGAGGUCAGUGGGCUUGGGUCCUGCUGCUCUCUGACGUCAUGGCAGCCUAGGUCGACUUGGGUCACGACCUCGCUCGGCGCCACGUGUUCAUCGAGUUUAUCAGUAGUAGUGGUGGUGUCAUUAAUAUUAUCUUUAUUGUUAUUAUCAUUAAUAUCAUUGUUAGUAUUGUUAUCAU